UUUCUACCGGGAGAGCGCGAUUCCAGUGCUGGCGGGAAAGGUCCCUUGCAGUGGUGCUGGUGAGUUCAUCGCUGGACUUGGAACGGACUCUUCCUCUUAGCAGGUUGCUUUGAUGACAUUUCUGAAAGCAGACAUUUGCCAUUCUUGAAGACCCCUGCAAGACCGAAUCAGCCUCUUCCACCUUAACCAACACCCCUCAACCCAGAAUCAGUGUUCCCUGCUGAGGUCCCUUCAACCUCCCGUCUAAGAGCCCUCUGCCCCCAAAGCUGGGUAAAGUAGCUGUUUCAUUAAGUUGAAAUCCAGUUCCUUUUCGUUGUGUUUCCCAAGUGCUGAAUCUAUUUUGUUCCUAGGAGUAAGGAAACCUUUUAAGUAAUCCUUUUGAAUUAUCUGCUCGGAUUAAAAAAAAAAAUCUUAUGGUUGGCGAAAAUCUGCCUUAUUUUUUAGCAACAAUGCAGUUUGUCUCUGUUAUUGUAAAAUAUCAUCAUCAUCAUCAUCAUACUUCAGUAAAAGAAAACUUCGUGGAGAAGAGAACAGGCAUGGGCUCUGAUAAAUGUGUUUCCCAGGGCUCGCCCUGACGACCGAGACAUUCAGAAGGUUUUGUUUUAGACUGAUGGCGCUGUCUGAAAUAAAUACAAAAUCAGAUGCUUCCCUGGAGAGCCACCUGAGGCCAGGAACAGCCAGUCUCCCCCUCUUCCCAGAGGUCCAAAAAAAGCAAGGAACUGAGGGGGAUGGAGGUGGGAGAUGGGGUAGUUUAGGAGAGAAGAGGCCUGACAGGCAGAGAACGCAAAGAAAGUAACUAAAUGGCAGGGGCAACAGCCACUCACAGAAAGGUGGGCGGUCCUUUCAAGCCCUUAGUCCCACCUCCAUCCUUUCUUGUCCAAUCCGAGUUUAAGUGGGCGCACUCUCAUUGGCCAGACUAGCUGCCUCUCUGUGGAACCCGGGCUGCUGACGUGCAUUGGCGCGGGAUUUGAAUGCCAGCCCUUGGGUGUGCCAGGCGCGCAGCAGCCAGGGAGCCCGGGGAAUUGAGAGGAGCGUCGUGGCGGACAAGGACCAGGCUCGGAUCGGCCAUGAUCCCAGUUUCUGGAAAGCGUGGCUGAGCCAGAGAGAAAGUGAAAGCAAGCGAGCGCGCGCAGGAGCGAGCCGGGUGCGACACUUGUUUCAGCUGAACUGCCUAUUUCAUCUUCAAGUCAUCAUGAGCUGUAAGAAACGCAGGUCACAGAAGAACUUGUUUGAUGUGAAAAAAAACAUGAAAAUAGAGAACUAUUUUUCUCAGGUCCCAAAAGAACAGCAGAAUAAUUCCGGUAUUAUUCAAAUGAAGAUGCAAUCUAGAAAAAGGCCAAGAGAUAUGACUAACACCCAGGAUCAAAGUUCCCACUCACCCAGGAAAACUCCAAAAGUCCAGACCACUUCUCCAAACAAGAUCAUUAAUAUUAUCUUGGAUGUAAACCUUAGAAAAAACAAGAACAUGAAAUAUAUGCUCACACACAGCGAGGGGGGCAGCUUGCUGGCGGGGCUCAAGACCCUUGAUGCUGUCAGAAAAGCUAUGGAGACUCGGCCAGGUAAGGAAAUGCUGGUGCGUGGCACAGAAGGAAUUGAAGGCUUCUUAAACCUUGGAAUGCCACUCAGUUGUUUUCCUGAAAACAGCCACGUGGUAAUUACAUUUUCCAAAAGUAAAAGCAAGCAGAAAGAAGAUGGCCAAGUAUUUGGCCGGCUCAACCAGGAAUCUACUGACGUGGUCAAAUUUUACAUUCAUGCAAUUGGGAAGAUCAGAAAACGAAUUGUGAAGCGUGGGGAACUUCACAAAGAAGGAAACAAACUCUGUGUCUAUGGUUUCAAAGGAGAAACCAUCAAGGACACCAUGUGCAAGGAUGGAAGGUUUCUUCCCUUUUUGGAGACUGACAAUUGGAAGCUCAUUGGUAACCUGGACUCCAUUCUAGAAAACUCACAGCUGAUAGAUGAGUUAGAAGGUAAGCUCUUUCAAGUUGAGGCUGAUCAAGUAAUGAACCCUAAGGCAGCAGCUGCUCAAAACAAUGAGUUAGAAGAAAGAAACACCCGUGUGUUGAAAGAGUACAUUGUGGAAGAGUAUCCCUGUUUGAAAAGAGAAAGUGAAAAAAUCAGGGAAAACUUGAAGGAAAAAAUGAAAAAAAGACAGAAGAAUACUUCUCUAUUUAAAUUGCAUAAAACAAAUUUUGGGAAAUGCACAAAAAACUCAACUCCAGUGAAAGUAAUCAAACAUCUUUCACAAUUCAGUGACUCAGUGGGGUACAUAUUCUGGAACAAUAAUGGAAAUGGAGGCUGUGCCACCUGCUUUGUUUUUAAGGGAUUGUUCAUUUUCACUUGUCGGCAUGUAAUAAACGAUAUCGUGGGAGAAGGAAUAGAGCCAAGCCAGUGGGCAGAUAUAAUCAGUCAAUGUGUAAUGGUGAAAUUCGAUUAUGAAGAUACCCCAGUCACAAAAGACAACUGCUUUCUCAUUGAACCUUGGUUUGAGAUAUCUGACACAACUCUUGACUAUGCCGUCCUGAAACUGAAAGAAAACGGACAAGAAGUACCUGCGGGACUGUAUAAUGGGAUUGGUCCUAUACCGUAUAGUGGUUUGAUAUAUAUUAUUGGCCAUCCAGAUGGAGAAAAGAAGCAUACUGAUGCUUGUGUUGUGAUUCCUCAGGGUAAACGAGAAGAGAAAUGUAAGGAAAAGAUUCAGAUGAGAACAGCAGCAGGUUACUAUAAAUCUGAGUUUAUCCACAUGUACACUCAAAGAAGCUUCCAGGAAAUGCUUCAAAAUCCUGAUGUGAUUACCUAUGACACCACCUUUUUUUUGGGGUCUUCUGGCUCUCCAGUGUUUGAUUCAAAAGGUUCCUUGGUGGCACCACGUGUCUUACUGAGUGAGAAGGCUCAUAUCAUUGAGUUUGGCCCGGCUAUGAACAGUAUCCUCUCAAAUAUUAAGCAAAACCAUGAAAGAUGGUAUAAUGAUGUAUUUCUAAACCAACAGGAUGUAGAAAUGCCAAGUCAAGAGUACUGAGGACUGGUGAGAAUUUAGUCCACUUACCAACUUUAAGGGAAUUGCCUAUUUUAUUCCAUAUUCCAUGGUCAAUUUCAUAAAACAUAUUAAUAAUCAAUAUUGCAGGCCACUUUCCAUGAGCCAAGCAUUUUUCUAUCCCCUGGAGAAAUAAGUUCUAAGAACCCUAUGAGGAGGAGAGCUACCCCUAUUUUAAAGUCAAGCAAAAUGAAGACUUGAUAUGAUUUAGCAACAUUUAUAAUGACAAUCUCCAGUAACUUGAUGUUUUUUUCAUUUCUUCCCCUAAAUUCACUUGCUUCACAGCAGAAGCUUAGACUUGUUUACCAAUUAUCCCCCAUAUCUGACACAUGGAAAGGAAAUGCUUAGAAAAAUGUAUGGGUCAAUCAGGAGCAAAAUAUGGCACUGUAGUUAAUGUUAACUGAAGAGUUAAAUGCUUGGUUAGAAAUGAUUACAAACAAAAAUCUUUUACAAUUUCUGAGAUUCUCAUAUUAUUAAAUGUCAGAAUACACUUGUCCUGGAAAGUCAGAAGUAAUAUCCACUCUUUGGUGAAGGUGUUCCUGCACCCGCUGUCUGACAGGGUCACAGUGUAGGGGAUGCUGCGGCAGGGCCGCACCAUCUGGAAACUGGAACCAUUAGAAAUGUUAAGUAUUUUGUUUAUGAUCCUCAUGAUAUGGAUAACAGGGCAUAUGUCAAUCAAUAAUAAAAGUACAUAUUGCCUGAGAUUGCAGGAAAAUUCCCAGAAUGAGACUAAGGAUACAAUUGAGACAUGCCAUGAGGUGCAUUUCAAUCUCUCUCAGGAUACAAACAAUGGUGUUAUUCCUCAAGCCUGAGCAAGAAGAAAUAUUUAUCCAAUGGUUAACAAUUUACAUUAGCCCCCCAACCCCAUUCUAAAGCCACAACCUGUACAACAGCCUAGCUACAGAAAAACAAUUGCUGUGCCAACAGUACAAGGACCACCGUAUGUAGCUUAUGGUAUCCCCCUCGAGGACAAGAGGCUAAUAAAAAUACAUUUCCCCAACCAAUAGACCCUCCUUUGCCUUACACAGAAACUAAUGAUAAAAAUGGAAAACACACAGUUAACAUAAAUGACAAAUGGGUUGAGGGAUAAAGCCUGCCCUUUAGUUAAAGAUUACAAAGACAUAAAAAUUGGUGUGCUUUGACCAAGGAUCAAAGAAGUUCUUUAAGAAAGUAGUUGAAUAGAUCAUAUGAAAAAAAGAAAUUACCUUGGAAAUUAGAAAUAGAAUAAUGUAAAAUUAACAUAGAUAUAUUUUAGAGGUACUUCAAAGUAGUAGGCUUUUAAAUAAUAGACUUUCACUAUUUUAAGUGUGUUUUAGUGAGAUUUUAGUUUAGAAGUAAGAAAGCUUACCAAUAACCAUAAGUAUGCUUUAAAGUUAAAGAUUAAUGAAAUAAUUAUAGGUAUGCUUUAAAAUCAGAAGUGAAUAAUAGGUCAGUAGUCAUAUAGUCUAGUUGCGUCGCUAGCACCUAGUGAUUGAGGUGAAAACAUAAAAGCUUAAUCAUGAUUGACUAAGGUUACAGAAAAAUAUUUUGAACAAUGUACUCAAUAUCUUAGGUAAUCAAUGUAUGUAGAAAAGAUUGUAAUUCUUGAAAAUUAUGUAAAUCAAAAAAGUUUUGUGCUUUGAAGCUAUCCAUUAACUACCUGAAAAAAACACCUGUAAAAAAGGAAUAAAAAUAAAGGUCCCUCCAGGGGCAGCAGAGAUGUCUUCUGGAGGUUGCUCGGAACUUGCAA